AUGGCCUACGAAGCGCUAUGGCACGAGUACAUGCAGAUGCCCGUGGUGACGCGAGCUUACACCACAGCCUGUGUCAUCACGACCCUCGCCGUGCAACUAGACUUGGUCUCCCCGUUUCAACUAUAUUUCAAUCCCAUCCUCAUUAUCGAACAGUAUCAGGUAUGGCGAUUAAUAACAACAUUUCUGUUCUUUGGAAAUGUUGGAUUCAACCUAUUAUUCAACAUGAUCUUUACAUAUCGGUAUUGUCGCAUGCUGGAAGAGGGCUCUUUUCGCAGAAGAACAGCUGAUUUCGUGAUGAUGUUUAUUUUCGGCGGAAUAUGCAUGAUUACCUUUGCAUUUUUCGUCAAUCUGCUGUUCCUGGGACAUGCAUUCACGAUAAUGUUAGUGUACGUGUGGUCACGGCGAAAUCCUUUUGUUAGAAUGAACUUCUUCGGACUUUUAAACUUCCAAGCUCCGUACCUACCGUGGGUGCUGCUAGGAUUUUCCGUAUUGCUUGGCAACACAAUAUGGGUCGAUCUUGUCGGAAUGGCAGUAGGGCAUACUUACUAUUUUGCGGAGGAUGUAUUUCCGCGGUUAAGAGGAGGUUUCCGAAUUUUGAAAACUCCACAAAUACUUAAGACUUUAUUCGACGCACAUCCCGAGGAUCCGGAUUAUAUGCCACCACCGGAAGACAGACCGGGCGGUUUCAAUUGGGGACAGGAAGCCAAUGUACAGUGAUCGAAAGAUUCAGCUAUUCUCUUCCUGAUGCUGUUUCUCAUACGGAUUCACUCGUCUAGAAUGUUGCGGAAGUGCGUCUGUUUCUAUCCUUAUUUCUUCGUUUUCUGAAAUUACUGAUAACUUAGCGAUUGGAUUUGUACGUAAAGAUACACUACGAAACGUAUGUAAACAACAAUAUACAGGGUGUACACAAGAGAUUGGACGAUUUUUUUUUCAAUUGUCGGAUUUUCGACAAAUUUGAAGUCGAUACUCUCUUAAUAAAAAUUCAUGAUACCCAAUUCGAGACUUCAUUAAACAAUUGUAAAUAGUGAUAAUCUAUAAUUAAAUUUGUAGUCGAGGAGAUGUAGACAAGGUUCCGAGUCCUUUAGAGAAUUUAUGGACAAAACACGACUUUUCUUGUGUACUCUGUAUAUAGAGGAUAGCGCUAAAGAUAUACGUCUAUCCUUAAGGAGUUAUUAUCAAUUUUCUUAGAUUUCAUAUGCACAGUCGCGUACGCGUUUUCCGCUAUUUGCCACAAAGUUUAUGUUUUUUCAGUCAAUCGGAGAAUUUAAAGUUAAUGAAUUUAAAGUGCGUACGAUUAAAAAUUAGCAAGUUAAAUUGUUGUCAGAUGCUAUGUACAGGCUGGUUAUAUACGACGCUGAAAAACCGUUAUGUAUAAUUUAUUUCAACCUACUGUAGUGACUUUAGCAUUAAUAAGUAUUAAAAUUUCUGCAAAUUUAUAUCUGAAAUCAGUAUUUUGUAAUUCAAUAUGAAAAUGGUGUUUCUAUGCACACGAGUGAAAUUAAAUUGGCGAUUCACAGGGAUCCGAACCUGUUGCGAAUGCGAAUUUACUUCCGCAAGGGGGUGGUGUAAUGUUCCGCUUGCGGAACUAAUUGAAUUUAUCGUGUGAAUUUAAAGUGAUAUCAUUUUUGUAAGAGCGAUAUUUGCGGCCGGUGGAAACUUUGUGAUAUGCUCACCACGCUCGUAGUUCUUACACGUAUCGAUGAGAGAGAGAGAGAGAGGAAGAAAGAAAAUGUCAUUAUGCAAGGGAGACUAUUUUAAAGUAUACUAAAGCAUUUAUUUAUAUUUAUUACCGUAGCGAAGUGUAAUCUAGGCAACAUCUACAAAGUACAAAUCGUUAAAUAUAAAUUAAAGAAAUAAUAUAUAUACAUAUAUACGUACAUAUAUAUGUAUACACAUUUCCUACACUUUGUUCAUACGUGUAUGUUAUGUACCACGUGAAUAUAACUGAGGCGUUUUGCGUGUGCAUUGAUUCUAGGUAACGGUCAUCGUUUCUUCUUUUCUAGAAGCGAUGGAAAAGUAACGUUUCUCUUUUUACGUUUUUUUUACGUAUAUCAAUUUGCCAACUUAGGUCUUAUUGUAGCAAAUAUUGAAUCUUAUUUUUUUGGAACACGUCGAUUAUAAAACUACACAGAUUUCUAAAGCUUUCCAAUUUUUUAAGUCCGCUACUUUUGUAUUUUUAAAUGCCCGUUCUUUUUACUGGGGAAAAAAAAUGGACACAUUACUUUGCCACGCGCAGUUCAUACCUGACUUGGAUGUAACUUUUUCUGUGAUUGUGUGUGAGUGUUACGCGCAACGACUCGUAAGCUAAACAUACAUGAAUUUUUAAGAUACCGGUUUAACUACUGGAUAUUAAUAGAUUUUAUUUUGCGGUACACUGGUUUUCGAUGUAGAAAGAGGAGAUUAAAAAUAAUUUCGGACGAAUAAUCAUCGUUAUCUCUUGAUCGCGAUUUCUACGAGAUUCUCUUUGUCUUAAAUUUGAAGUUGUAAAAUUCUUAGAUGUAUAUAUAUUUAUCUUCCUUUUGUAAUUUCAGCUUUCAGGAUCCUAGGAUGUCUAGUUUUUCUAUGAUUUAUUUUUGGAUUCUUAGCCUCACAUAUUUAUGUACAUCUUGGUGUGGUGACAAAUAAUAUUUUGCAAAUAAUUAUUCAUCAUUAAGUGAUAUCAAUGUAAAUGAAACUUUUGGUUUUACGAAUCGUUAAUCUUGGGAUUCCUAGUUUUAAUAUUAUCAAGUCAUUUUGACAGUCGGUGUAAUUAAUGACAAUUACAUCCUCGAUCAUUCAUUGUUAAGAUGCGUUCGUAUUAACUCCUUUCAGUAUCUUAUUGAAUAUGGCAGGAACACAGAGAUAUUAGUUUGCAUUUGUUUGGGUUUUAAAUAUAUUUUGCUUUUGGAUGUAAGACUAUGGACCUAAAGAAAGUAGAAGUAACGAAUUCACCGAAAGUGGACAUGUUGUCAUAUGUUGUAGCAUGUAGGAUGCUGAAAGGGUGAAUCAAUAAGAGCGCGUUUGCAAUCGCCAAAGAGUACGUUAAUAAUUAUCGAAAAACUGUAAAGAAACGAAUAAUAAUAAUAAUAAUGAGUAGAAGAUAAGAAGUGAUUUUACAAAACCAUUUAUUUCGAUUUUAAAUAAUAAAUGAUUUGCGUAAUAGGAUUAAUAUAAUGAUGUAUAACUAACUACAUAUACGCAAUGACAUGGACUAUAAUACAAUGAUCGGGGCUCUAUUG